UACUUUUUCACCACCGGGAAUUUGUUUACGGCCAUUUAGCACCAAAAUAUCUCCUUGCAUCGGAAUCUUUUCUAAAUUCUGUUUGCAAUUUGUAGAUUUUGAAAUCAUAAAAAAUCAUGGGAUUAAUUGAAGACGAAGUGAACGAAGUGUCCCGCUUAUGUGGCAAUGUCCUGCCUCAAUCAAAACUGAUAACGUGCAUGAGUUCUCUCAUUCGUAUCGACAUCCAUCAGACAGAGUCCCGACAGCUGACGGUCUGCUUACGGUUUCCCACCGAUUACCCCAACAACAAGCUUCUGCUGGAAUUCAAAAGCAAAACGAUGUCGCUGGCAUUCUUGGAGCGGUUCACCCGGAUCUGCGACGAAAAGACCGCCGAGUUUGUCGGCAAGCCCCAAGUGAUGAAAGUGCUGAAAUUCGUCGACGCCUAUCUCCGGGAUAAUCCGCUCUGUAUCGUUGCGGAGGAAAUUUUCAACAUCAAAAAGCUGCUGGAUGGAACCGGCGGGGAAUUGAAACCACGACAGAAAACUUCCUCCGUUGGAUUGACGACCAGAGGCGGUGGAUUCUACUUUACUGCGAAAUUUCACGUCCCGGAGCUGUAUCCGGUUCAACGAAUAGAUUGGGAAGAUUUCGACUGCAAUCUUCCGCUGCCUUUGGUUCGGUUUGUCAAUGGACAGGCGAAGGAGAUAGCCAGGCAGUGUGUUGAGCCUCCGCUGAGACAAUCGAACUCAAGUCCGGCCUUCGUCCCGAGGCCGAGCUUGGAACGAACCCUCCGAUUCAUCGUGGAAGCCAUGAAAGGCUUUCCCGAAGAGCGAUGUCCUGUAUGUGCGGACCUCUCGCUACCCCCGGAUCCGGCUAGUGUGGUGCUCUCCGAGGAAGACGACCGGUUUGUGAUCCGGAUGUUCUGCGGCCAUGUCUAUCAUCAGGCUUGUCUGAGAAAGUUCAUGAGCGAGCCACCGUUCCCUCCGGGAGGAAAGAUUUGUCCAGCGCCGAAGAAGCAUCCACGAUCGGAUAGGAAGGCUGGUGCUGGAAAAUCGGCGGCGGUAAUGUCUGGUGGAGGAAGUGAACUUUGCCAGCAGAGGGUCACCCACGACAAGUGGGGCCUGAACGAUGUGAAAUCGGCGGAAGCCAAGUGGGCUCACCAGCAGGCAAGGAUUCGGGAGCUGGAGGAAGUGAUUGAUUUUCUACAAUAGCUGGUCUUGGGUGUUGUUUUGGACAAGCAAAAUUGGCAUGUGUAAAAUCUACACAGGUAAAAUUCUGGGCAUGAAGGAUUCCGCUUCAUUACUAUUACGAUUGGAAAGUGAUUCUUUGUUACGCGGAAAGCAAAUCGAGGGAAGGAAGUGAUUGUGAUCUGGAUGACCAAUGAUCUUACGAAACGGUGCAGGUACGCACAUAGAUGAAUAUUUGAAGAUAUUUGUAGAUUCAAUCUGUAUCUUCUUUAGCACCAAAAAUAUCGUACUAAUUAUUAUGAUGAAUCAAGUUUACACAAUAUACCUACUGUAAUACUAUGUA